AUGAAUGCAGCAAAACGCAGGGAAAUCCCGGAGGAAAACCUGACGCAGUCUGCAGGAGAACUGCGACUUGGGAGAAGAUUUGUUUUCCAGCAAGACGAUGACCCCAGGCAUAAAGCCAAAGCUGCACAGGAAUGGCUUAAAUACAACAAGGUUAAUGUCCUGGAGUGGCCAAGAGAGAAGCAGUUUUGCCUGGGCUACCCGGACCUGCAUUACCCCCCCACUUCGUCCUACGACAAGGAGGGAGAGCUGAUGCAGACGCGCUUCAUGGACCAGACCAUCAACCGCGCCAUCUCCUACCUGGGGGCCGAGUCCCUGCGGCCCCUGGUGCAGACGCCGCCGGCCCCCACCUCCGAGAUGGUGUCGGUCAUCAGCAGCCUCUACCCGCUGCCCCUGGCCCGGGCCGACACCCCGAACGGCAACGGCCGGGAGGCCGAGGGCGGCGGCGGCCCGCCCGCCAGGGCCAGGUCGUCGGAGAGGGGCGCGUCCCCCAGCAACAGCUGCCAGGACUCGACGGACACGGAGAGCAACCACGAGGAGCGGCACGCCCAGGCCUACCUGCCGCAGCAGGUGAUCGGGGCCCGCUUCCGGAACGGCCUGGCCGCCGCCAAGGAGAGCCCCAAGCAUUUCGAGCUGGUCAAGGGCGCGGCGGGGCCGGGCCGGGAGGCGCUGAAGGUGGUCGGCGGCGAGGGCGAGCCGGUCCGGGUGUACAGGUGCGACCACUGCCGUGUGAUCUACCUGGAUUAUGUCAUGUUCACCAUCCACAUGGGCUGCCACGGGUUCCGCGACCCCUUCGAGUGCAACGUGUGCGGCUACCGCAGCCAGGACAGAUACGAGUUCUCCUCGCACAUAGCCCGGGGGGAGCACGGCUUCUGCAGGAAGUGA